AUAGUAAGGGGCAUAUGUUAAAACUUAAAUGUCUUCUGUUUGUAUGAAAUUUUCGGAGCAUGCACGCGUUAGCAGCUUAUGGUUAGCAUGGGCUUCGUAGCUGCUUGAAUUCAGCAGCUCUUAAUUCUUAUCAUACCGCACACUGGCGCAUCGAGUCCUUUCUCUGCUUGCAAUACCACUAGCACACAUGUCUACCGCAGCAUCCAUUCCUGCAGCUAAGCGCAUGCGUUUACUAAACUGCCUCCUGCCAUCCCACUCCAAGAUCGCCCUCAUCGUCCUCCACACGGUCUAUUCACCCGAAGACCAAUCCACACAGAAAUCCGCCAUCCAUUCCCUACUGCGCAACUCCGUGCUGCGUUGCGCCGCCGAUAGCGGCGCCAAUUUCUUCUACGAUCUCACGACAUCAUCACUCAGCGCCGGCGACCACAGCCAGCCCACUGACGCCAUCCAUCCCGAUAUUGUCUCGGGGGAUUUCGAUUCGAUCCGGCCCGAGGUGCUGGCCUUCUACCGCGCGCAUCCCCCCACCCGCGUGAUCUACACGGAAGACCAGAAUGAGACGGAUUUCACCAAAGCCCUGCGCAUCGCCGCCAAAGAGAUCACGGCCCGCAGUCUGCCUGCUGAGGCCAUCGUGGCGUUCUACAGCGGAACGGGUCGGUUUGAUCAUCUGAUGGCCGGGGUGAAUACUCUGAUCCGGGCGCAGACCAUCACCAAUCUGCCGGUGUUUAUGGUCUCCGGAGCGGAUAUGCAGUGUGUGGUGCAGCCGGGACGCUGUGAACUGAUGGUGGAUGUCGGGUUGGAGGGGCCGUACUGUGGACUCAUUCCACUGAGUGGACCGACACGCGUCACCACGAAGGGCUUGAAGUGGGAUUUGUCGGACCAGAUUAUGGAGUUUGGUGAACUGAUCAGUACCAGCAAUGAAAUUGUGGCGGAUGUCGUGUUUAUCGAAACGGAUAAGCCACUGCUAUGGACCAUGACGCUGAAGAAGCCUGCUACCGAUUCGAUGUGAUUUGUUUUGAGCACUGCUUUUUUCAUUAAAAGCGCGAGUAGUUUGUAUUUGGAAAGCUUGCUACUCGAAUUUUUAGACUCCGGUGAAAUAAUUGUAAGCGAUUUUUUUACUAAAUGUUAUUAUGAUUGCAUUUAUUAUAAUUUCUUUUUCUGGCCUUAAAUAUUUUGCAUUGUUGUGAUCUUCUACUGUGAUCUUUUAGAUUAUCGAUUACCACUCUGCAUUUACUAGUUGGAAAUGCAUAAGAUUGCCUUUUGGUAAAUUCACCAUAAUUUUCUUUCGUUAAUUGUCUUCAGCUCGGAUAGCAUUACAUCAAAUUCAGUACAGUAAC